AUGGAGGUGGGCGUGGGGGGCCCAGUGCCCUCGUUCUCGGUGUGGGACUACGUGGUGUUCGCGGGGACGGUGCUGGCCGCGGCGGCCGUGGGGCUGUUCCAGGCCAUCCGCGGGCGGAGGGAGACCAGCAGCGCAGAGUUCCUCCUGGGGGGGCGGCAGAUGACGGCGGUGCCCGUGGCCAUGUCCCUGACCGCCAGCUUCAUGUCGGGGAUCACAGUGAUCGGGACCCCGGCCGAGGCAUACCGCUACGGGACCCCCUUCUGGCUGUUCGCCAUAUCGUACGGCCUCAUGUCCUCCUUCACCGCCGAGGUGUUCGUCCCACUCUUCUACCGCCUGGGCAUCACCAGCACCUACGAGUAUUUGGAAAUGCGCUUCAACAAACUAAUCCGGGUGAUUGGGACGACCAUGUACAUCAUACAGACAGCCUUGUACACGGGGAUGGUGAUCUACGCUCCAGCGCUCGCUCUCAAUCAGAUUACUGGCCUCAACCUGUGGGGGGUGCUGGUGGCUACGGGAGCUGUGUGCAUUUUCUACUGCGCCCUGGGAGGCCUGAAGGCCGUUAUCUGGACAGACGUGUUCCAGAUGGUGAUCAUGUUGGCGGGGUUCGUAGCUGUCAUCGCCCAGGGGGCAGUGCUCCGGGGGGGUCUCGCGACCAUCUGGAACGACGCCUACGAGGGGGGGCGCCUCAACGCCUUCGACUUUGAUCCCGACCCCCUGAAGCGACACACAUUCUGGACCAUCGUGGUGGGCGGGAGCUUGAUGUGGGUGUCAAUCUACGCCAUCAACCAAUCGCAGGUGCAGCGCUACAUUUCCUGUCGCACGCUGACCCAGGCCAAGCUGUCUCUGUAUGUCAACAUGCUGGGGCUCUGGUUGACCGUCAGCUUGGCCGUCUUCUCCGGCCUCACCAUGUACUCCAUCUUCAGAAACUGUGACCCACUGGCCAAUGAUGACAUCGGGGCACUUGAUCAGAUGCUUCCGUACCUGGUGAUGGCCAUUCUGUCGGAUUUCCCAGGAGUCCCGGGGCUGUUCGUAGCUGCAGCCUACAGCGGGACUUUAAGCACCGUUUCCUCAAGCAUCAAUGCCCUGGUGGCUGUCACCGUGGAGGACUUUGUGAAGCCCAUAUGGCCAAACCUCAGUGAGAGAAAGGUUCUCUGGAUAAACAUGGGCCUCAGUGUGUUCUUCGGGCUGCUCUGCAUAGGAAUGGCUGGGGUGGCCUCCAUGAUGGGAAGCAUUCUCCAGGCAGCGCUGUCCAUAUUCGGCAUGAUCAGUGGGCCUCUGCUCGGUCUGUACUUCCUCGGCAUGUUCUUCCGAUGCGCAAAUUCAACUGGCGGGGUGGUGGGCCUGUGUUCAGGCCUGCUGUUGACCCUCUGGGUGGGGAUAGGGGCGCAGGUGUACCCCCCUCUGCCAGAAAAGACCCUCGCCCUCAAUGUGAGUGUGGCGGGCUGCAACCGCUCCCUGGACCUCAGCACCGUGGCACCGUGGAGCAGCGCGGUCCCGCUCACGCCCCUGCCGCCUCCUGACAGGCCAGCCCUGGCAGACUCCUGGUACUCCCUGUCCUACCUGUAUUUCUGCCCCCUGGGCACUCUGGCCACGCUCUUCUUCGGCCUGCUGGCCAGUGCUGCUACAGGCGGCUGCAAGCAGAGGAAGAUUCGCCCUGAGCUGUUUGUCCACAGGUCAGAUCUGUUCUGCUUCAGCUGCAGUGCUGACUCGUCAGAGGCCUCGGAGCCCGCGGAGCUGGAGAAGACGGGAAAGACGAACCCGGCGUUCGAGGAAAGUGCGGCAGACGUCACGACGAAGGAAACGGAAAAGGUCACCCGAUUCUGA